AUGAAAGUCACACAUAAGACGACAGAUAUACAGCUACCUAAAGCGGUACUGGACACGACUCUUAAUGACCAUUACCGCCAAGCUGGAUCUGAAUACCGCAACAAACGAAUUGGCCAAGUACUCAGUAGUUUCAGCGCUCUGGUACCACCGAGUUCCAAGAUUACCCCUAACCACAAAUACAUCUACCAGGGUGGCCCCUUUACAAGCAGUAAGGGGUCACGUACAGAGAAGGAGGAUUCAGCAACGGCCAUCAAGCAUCUGUCACUCGUAAAUCAACGGGGCGCUUUCGUAUGUGGCACAGCGCCAGUCAUCUUCUUCUAUAUGGACGGAGACUCAAAGAAGAGAGACCAUGAUCGGAAACAGGUCGCCAAGACGUCGGCGACACUUCCCGAUUGUCAACGGUUACAACCUGUCUUUUGUGAGGGACCUGAUUCGAUCCCUAUCAACGAGACUGAAAUUGACUUACUCGCCUGUGAAGUCGUUCAUGAUAGUUUAGAGAGACACAGCAACGUCGUUCCACUCGAGACACAUUGGUUCCUUAACUCGAAGCGUGCCUUGGCAGACUCUGGUCUUCCUACACCGAAGUGUGUCAUCAUAACAGUCAAAGUGGUCUUGACAGCUUCGUUAUUCCAGGAGACUGUACUGGUAACAGGGGAACAUGGCUCAAAGAGCAGUCAGCGAAUAUACGACGCACUCAAGUCUCACCCCCUUCCAUUCGUGCUCAAGAACCAAGCAACAUUUGGUGGUGCAGGGACGUUCAUUGCCAAGACUGAGGAGGAACGGCAAAAGAUUAUUGAUAACCUGGGAAAGGGGUUUCUCGGCCGGUUACUCUCCUCUGUCAACGCGGAUAACUCGCAUCUCGAGCCCGCAACAAUGCUUCUUUCAGACAUGAUACAAAAUCCAAUUGGUGACUAUGGAAUGACGGUUUUUAACAACAAGAAGGGGCAAGAACCAGUAUUUCUAGGAGUGUCCAAACAGAUGAUUCAAGAUGGUACAGCUUGGGUUGGAAGUACAAUCGACUACCGCCAACAGAGCGAGUUGCGACUCAAAUUUGAAACGCUCACGAACCAGAUAUCGGAAUGGCUUCGAUCGUACGAGUACAUUGGUCCUGCAGGAGCAGAUGCCCUUGAGGACGCAGAUGGCUUUCACGUGGUUGAUCUCAAUGUUCGCACAACAGGCUCUUGCUGUCUGCGAUUACUACGAAAACAUUUUACAAACCGAGAACUUUACAUUGCAUCAUCCUUCUCUACUGAUGUGCAACAGCGUCGCGACGAGUUUCUGGAUAUGUUCAAGGCUGAGUUUCAAGACGGUCGUAUGUGUGUGAUAAGCUGGUAUGAAGACCAAGAAAAGGGGAGCAGUUUAGCAGAGCUUGUUAUUGGAGGAGAAGAUGACGAUAGAUUGAAGGAACUCAUGGAUCGUGUCAAUGAGAUGUCGAAGAGUGUUACCUUUUAG